CUUAAUCUCCAAUCAAAAAAUUGAACAGAAGCUGAUAUCUUAAAGAGCAUUUUGAUCUCGUCGAUAAGGUGUUCGUCGAAAGGUCAUGGAAUCACUAACCAAGGACAUGCAGAGGGUGCUCAACUUCCCAGAUCAGAUGGAGAAGAUGUUGCAACCGCCGACCCGUCGCUACGUCAAGAACGCCAAGGCCAUCUUCCGCACACCCGCUGACAUCUUCGAGCAUCCCACUUACUACUCCUUCGUCCUCGACAUGCCUGGCCUUGAAGUCAACAACAUCAAGGUGAAGGUAGAGAAUGGGAUUUUACAUGUGGCAGGGAAGAAGAAGAAGAAGGCUACUGCAGCAGGGACAGAGGGCGAAGAGGUGAAGCCCAUCAGAAUUGAGAGGAGGAGAGCAAGGUAUUUGAGGAAAUUCACGCUGCCUCAUGAUGCACAGCAAGAGGAUGUGAAAGCCACUUACAGGGAUGGAGUGCUCAUUGUGAAUGUUGCGAAGAAGCCCAUGGAAGAGACAGCUAAGCCCAAGACUGUUUCGAUCCCUGUCUCUUAAAAAAUUGGGUUACUUUUGAGAGAGAUUUAUUGACAUUCACAA